AUGUCACGAAAAGCACAGAAAGAGAUUAAAAGAUUACAACGAUCAAAAAAAGAAGAUUUUCCUCGUAGUCAAAAGUUUCUUAAUUUUUUAUCACCUGCCAAAGCAAAAGCAUGGACAGAAGAAAUCAUCAAACAGCACGAAUAUGAAGAUUUAAUCAAUGACCGUCAUUUACCACCAGAACUCACUAUUGAUCAACUGAAAGCCUUAACAAGCAUUACACAUCAUAAUGGUAACAGAUUUUUAGGUUGUCAACAUAAUUCAAUCUUGAUUAUUCUAGGAACAUUUUUCAAAGAUUGGAUGGAAUGUAAAAUUACACCAAAACAUCUAAAAAAUGCGAAAAGGCAUCCAGAAAUAGCAAUUACUCCAUCUAAAUCAUCGUGGUUCUCUGUGGCAGAAGAUUAUAUUGAAUUUUGCAAAGCGAAUUCUGUGGAAAAUCUUACAGUUAGCCGUCAUCUGAUUGCUUUACGUGGAAAAGAAAAGGAAGAACUUCCAUUACUGUCUACAAAUCAAGGCGGAAAUCAAUGUUCGCAUCUUUGUGAUACGUACGGGUGCUUAAGAACAAAACAUCUACGUAUCGAAACAAGAGAACUCAACAUGUCGCGAAGAUACUGUUUCGGAAUAAUUUUACAAAUUUAUCGCAACAGCGCUGGAGUUGAUACUGUGACAAACAUCAAGCCAUGUAAACACGGACAAGAUCAAGAGAGAAGCAUGGACGAACAACUGGAUAAUAGUUGUCGAAAAAUAUACGUAGUCCUAGUAACAGAUAAAGAUUUGUUUAAAUAUAAAUAA